AGCCCACUGAUACAGUGACGUAAUGAAGGGCGGGGCCUGCUCACAGGUGAACACCGCACAGGUGGAAGGAAGGUGUGGAAAUGUGCGUGCUGAAAAACAAGUGGAGGUGUUCGGCGCCGUUACUCGGGCUCUCCUCUCUCCUCCGGUAUGGCCCACAGCUGCUUGGGAAACUGCGCGCCGUUAGUCUUCCUCGCCCUUAUUUUUGAUGCAGCUGGUUUGGUUGUACUUCUGGUCGGGAUUUUCGGCAACCUGAACGUGGACGGUCGCUUCUACGGGGAUUUCCUCAUCUACACGGGCUCGAUCGUGAUUUUCCUCAGUUUGAUAUGGUGGCUUCUGUGGUACAUGGGGAACGUGCAGCUGUACGCGGAGGACAGGGCCGCCUCGCUGGACAUCAACUUUACGCACUGGGCCAGGAAGCUGUCCGAGAGGCUCUCCAACGGCGGCAUGAAGCCUUUGGAGGACAAGAAGAAGAGCAUGGAGAACGGGACUGUGCGUGCUGCGCCGUGUCGGGUUACGUGGGAGGACGGCAGUGGAGCCGUGUCGGAUCACGACAACAGAGGCUUUGAUGGAUGGAUUGAGCGCGCGUCUCCAGCUGACAAAACUGUGGAGUUGGGGGUGUGGAAGAACUCCAACGUGGCUCUGCAGGUGGCGCAUGGCAAAGCAGAGAGGCUUCUCUGACAGAUGGUGACGCCAAGCUUUGCUGGAGCUGCAGGACGGACUCCCUCCUCGUGCUGCUUUAAAAGAGAAUCUAACAGACUGAAAACAUUGAGCUUAUGAACUGAAGUCACUUUGUUUAAAUAGAAAGACCAUUUCUUAAUCAGGGAAAUGCCUCCUGCAUCCACAGUAAGCAGAAGGGCUGUGCACAGAGGAAGAAAAGGUCUUUUACAUGUACAUAGCAAAUUUCUAUUUUUAUGUGCUGAUUCUUGGGAAUAAAGUUUACAUGUAAUUGUAAGUAGUUGUGGUUUGAGGGUGUUUCUGCUUCCAGGUAGUGCUUGGUGGCAGAUAACCGCACGGUAACGCCCAUGCACUUGAGUUACACAAGAGACUUGCUUCCUUGUAUUCUCUUCCUUGUCUGGAGUCUACCUUUUUAAAAAAAAAAAAGAUUUAAACGGUUAUAAACCGCUCAGGAAGCUGUUUCUCUCUCAUCGUCACUUUUGAAGGGUGUAAACGGCACCAAGGUAUUUUCAAGGUGUUAUUUCCAAAUCAUCAAGGCCAAUAUUUCCAGCUUUUCUAAAUCCACAUGUAACGUUUGAGAUAAGAACUGGAUCAGUGGAUGCUACAAUGUAUAUGUUUAUGAGAUGAAGCCACAUCCAACGAUAGAGCUGCAAAUUCUCUUGACAUCAUCAGUGAAACAUUGUUCCUGUCAGACACUGUCAUGAAAAAGAUGGGAGAUGUAGAUACAGAAAGGAAUGUGACCGGAGAGUUAAAACUCUUUUCAUUUCACCAGACUCGCAGGCAACACUGAGAAGGGAAGAAGCAUUUCUUCUGAGUAUAUUUCACUUUUCACUCCCUAAUAAUUUUCACAUGUCAUACAGAUAAACUGCUAAAGCUUUGAAUAAUUGCUGAAACUACUCCUGUCAUGGAUUAUACCGGCUAUCUCAGCCGCUGCUGGCUGCUUUUCAUCCUCGCCGUCCUCCUGGAUGCAGUAGGCCUAAUCCUCUUCUUCAUCGGGGUCUUCGCUCCCCUCAGCUUCUGGGAUUUCUUCGUCUUCUCAGGACCCCUCCUGAUCUUCUUGAGCCUGGUGUUCUGGAUCUUUUGGUACGUGGGAAAACUGGAGGUACCAAUGAAGGAGUUACUCCCUAAAUGACAUUCCCAACUUCUUCAUUUGCAGCACAGAGCAGUUCUCCGGCAACUGGUGCUGGACAAUGAAACAACAGCUAGUGACUGGUGCGGUGUUCCACAUUUAAAGCAUCACACAAUCAAGACUUGUGGAGUGAAUGAUUUACAUUUAAUGAAGCUCCUUCUUUGUCUAUAGGGUGAAUAUUCUCAGCUUCUUCUCUCUCGCUGGUGAAUGUUUGUGUGUUGCUUCACGACCAAAAGAAAUGUGAAAAAGGAAAAACAUGGAACUUUAAUCUGAAAGGACUUCUCACAGUUCAGAAACUUUAAAAUGGCAAACAGUUCAUUGAUAAUAGUUGCGUUGUUUGUUCAUUAUUCAGUGCAAUAAAUGAUUGUAAAAUAAUUUCAAUAAAUAGCUGCUAUGUGUAACAGAACAGCCUACAGCCAUGGUCUCUUUGGGA